AUGCAGCCCCUCGCCAGCACCCCACAGCGCUCCCGGCUGGUGCUGAGCAUCGCCGGCCAUGAUGCUGAGCUGUUUGCAGAGGGGGGCGGCGUGCCCUGCUCUGAGGCCCCUGCUCUCUUCCAGAUCGCCAUCUUCGAGCAGGAGAACUUCCAGGGCCGGUGCCAUGAGCUCAGUGGUGCCUGCCCCAACCUGAAGGAAGCUGGUGUGGAGAAAGUGGGCUCCAUCCUCGUGCACUCUGGACCGUACGUGCCGGGGGGGGGGUGGGUGGGAUACCAGUACCCUGGCUACAGGGGCUACCAGUACCUGUUUGAAAAGGGGGACUACAAGGACAGCUCAGAUUUUGGUGCUCAGCACCCCCAGAUCCAGUCGGUCAGGCGCAUCCGGGACAUGCAGUGGCACCAGCGCGGCGCCUACCACCCCACCAACUAG